UUUAUUAACCCUAAAUUAGUGAGCCCCGAUAGAAGGAAAGACAGUACAGAAGCGGGGCGGCCAGACUGACGAGGCAGAAUAGAGGCAGACUGAGUGAACUAGACUAGUGAACGCUACUCAUCUACCAACAAUGACUCUGCCACUGAACAAGCCCUUUGAGGUGUCCGGCCAUCAGGAAAAAGACUAUGGCGCAGAGAUGGGUAUGAUGCGCCGCGCCCCCACAGCCACCUCCUCACACCCCCUGGAGGAGUCAGAGAGGACCUACCACCAGCGUCAAGACCAGCACAAGUUAAACUCUGCCACUCGGGCCUUUGGGAUUGGCUAUGCCCUUCACUUCAAACACGAGAGAGCAGCCGCUGGAUGUCACCAGAUUGGUCACUUGGGGUUCCUGCCACGCUCCAAUGCUCACCUGCAGGCCCUCACUGGCAGGGACCUGGAGCUGGAUUUCACCGACACACUGGGAGUACAGCCAGAGGUCACCUACAACCCACACCUCUACAUGGAGCAAGAGCAGAGAAAGAGCAUGUUUUGAGGCUAAGAUAAGGUUGUAGUGUCUCGUCUGUGGCUUAUCAUGGAGUGUUGUGGUGAUAUCUAUCUUUAGGUUGAUUAUUCCCUUUUGUUUAUGCUUCAGAGAGUCUUGUUUCACACAUAGUUAGUGAAGUUUUGUAGGUGUUUGCUGACAGAAUUUAAACAAGGGAAAAAUGUACACCCUAAAAAAUACACUUAUCAGUAUAAAA